AUGGGUUAAAUUUGUAUGAAAAGGGCUCGUGAAAUGGAUUGUUUGGACAGCGAAAGAAACGAAGUGAGUUAAUAUGGUCUAUCAUUUAAGAUUGAUGAGAAAUGUUGUUUGAAAUAAUCUGUUUAGUAUAUGUAAGGCAGAUAAGAAUAGAAUAUAAAAUUGAUGUAACCUGAUUUAUAUCAAGAGCUUCAAUAACAGAUUGAGAAAUACUAAAAUAGUAAUAAAGAAAGCUUAUAAAUCGUGAUGAAUGUAAAAUUACUUAAUUAAUCGAAGAUUUUUCUAUAUUGUAAUUUUAAAGAUGAUGAUGUUAAAAGAUGCUUUAAUCUUCUAAAAACUAAUAGUGAUUACAAAGAAGAACUGAAAUUAAUUGGAAUUUACAGGGAGUCCUCUUUAAAAUAUCAUAAAAAAGAGUUUUGUUCAUUAUGUUCUUAAGAAAAUAUGGAAUGUUAUAGCUUAAGAUGUUAACAUAUUUUUUGUAAGGAUUGCUGGCAUUAAAUGAUAGAUAUUCAAUUAUCUGAUUCUAUACCUAUAGUAAAAUGUUUAGAAUAUUAAUGCUUAGAAAGAUUACCUCAUUAAUUUCUUGAACUUAAUUAAUUAUACAAGGAAAUAUUGGUUAAGAGAAUGUUGGACAACGAUAGCAAUUAUACUUGGUGUCCAGGACUUAAUUGUUAAAACAUAUAUAAAUUAGAGGGACUUGCAUUAAAUUUCAAGUGUCAUUGUGGUGUAAGGUUUUGUUCUAAGUGUAAAGUAGAUACACAUUAUCCAAUCCCCUGUGAAACUUUGAAGGAAAUAACAUAAUACAAGGAAUCAAAUUAAUCUUGGACAGUAUUGGAUAUUUCUGUGUGUCCUUUUUGUAGUAGGAAUAUCCAGAGAAUUUAAGGCUGUAUUUAGAUGUCAUGCGUUUGUGGAAAUGACUUUUGUAAUAAGUGUUCAUAGCCUUGGAAUAAAGAACAUGGAUAAGACUAUGUUAAUUGUUCUUUUGCAUCCUAUAACAAAAACCCAUCUUAAAUAUUGAACUAAAUGAGACAAAAUGAAUCAGCUUUAACAAAGGAUAUCUUCCAAUUAGAGAAUUACUAAUAAUAACUCAAUAAAUAGAAUUAGGAUUAUUAGAGACAUCGACUUUAAAUGAGCCUGCGUAAUUUAAUAAAAUUUAAGAAGUUCUAGAAAAUGUAAUAAUUUAUUAAACUAUUAAGUGUUUUAUAUUUUACAUAUUAUUUGAAUGAAAAAUUUAAUGAUAAUAGUUUAGAUCAAUAUUAUGAUAAAUUUUAAUUAGAAAUAAAUAACUAUUAAAGAAAUUUGUUAAAUCAAUUAUAAGGGGUACUUUUUAAUGAGCAAGAAGUCAAAAACAAUGAUAAGAUUAAUUUCAACGAAUUUGUAAAUUUAGUUUAUCAGAUGGAUUAGAAGUUGAAAGUCUAAAGACAUUGUUUUAAAAAAUAGAUCAUUGAAUUAUUGCAAGAGAAACAAUAGCAAAUAUAAUGA